UCCCUGUCCCCUCACUCCCUGCGGCAAAAGUCUGCCAUUCUGACCCACACGCCCAAAAUCCCAAAGCAGUACUCUGCUGCUUCUUGUCUUCUCCUGCUCCUAACCGUGAUCAGAUUCACCACCCACAAUCUACCAACAUCUUUACAACAAUCACGUCCAGGAAACACCUCAAAACCCUCUCUCCCGUUCACCUCUUGUUUAUCGUUUAUCUCUCCCCUCCAAAUAAACAAACAAAACCCCCAACCCCAAGUAGUAGUAGUAUCAAACUAAUCACCACUGUUGCACCUCGCCCUAUCCAUAAAUACAAAAUCCCAAUCCGAUCUCGCGGAUUCUAAUCCCCCAGCGAAUAAAAAGGCGGGAUUUUUUCUGUUAGACGUCAAGACUCAAGAGUCCCACCAGACCCCGGACGCAAGAAGAAGAAGAAGCCGUGAUCGAUCGAUCGAUCGAUCAUGAAGCCGCCGCCGCCGCCGUCUUUCGGCGUGUCGGCCAUGCUCCGGCCGCACCUGAGAAGCAUCACCGCGUUCCUGCUCGUCUUCUCCGCCGGGUACUCCCUUGGCAUCCUCUCGUCGUCCACGCGGCCGACGACGUCUUCAUCAUCAUCCGUGCCGAAGCCGUCGCAGACCGUGAUCCGGCCGCACGCCGCGCAUCUCACGAACGACGUCGUCCCUGCGUCGAACGCCACGGCCGCCGCUGGCACCGCAGGAACCGGCGGCUAUCCGAGGUCGCCGCCGCACGACCUCUUCCGGUUCGGGGACGAGUGCGGGGAACCCGUGGCAAGCGACGCCGUGGUGCAGACGCUCCUGGACAAGCUCUUCGACGGGGAGAGCCCCUACGCGAGCUUCCCCCCGGCGCACACCGCCGCGCUCCUUCACCCGGCCGCGGCCCGGCCCCGCGGGUGGGGCUCGACGGGGGCCGUGUUCGCGGAGCUCAUCGAGUCCGUGCGCCCUGACACCAUCAUCGAGCUGGGCGCGUUCCUGGGCGCCUCGGCGCUGCACAUGUCGGCCGUGGCGAAGAACCUCUCGCUGCCCAACACGGUCAUCCUCUGCGUCGACGACUUCCGGGGCUGGCCGGGGUUCCGCGGCCGGUUCCGGCGGGACGUCCCGGCCCAGCGGCACGGCGACGCGCUGCUGCUGCCGCAGUUCAUGGCCAACGUGGUGGCCGCGGUGGGGCCGGAGGCGGCGGAAAGGGUGCUGCCGGUGCCAUUCUCCACGGCGUCGGCGCUGCAGGCGCUGUGCCGGUGGGGCGUGUACGCGGACCUCAUCGAGGUGGACGCGGGCCACGACUUCCACUCGGCGUGGGCCGACAUCAACCUGGCGUGGGCCGUGCUCCGGCCCGGCGGCGUCAUGUUCGGCCACGACUACUUCACCUCCGCCGACGACCGCGGCGUCCGCCGCGCGGUCACGCUCUUCGCCAAGGUCAAGGGGCUGACGGUCCGGCCCCACGGCCAGCACUGGAUCCUCUCCCCGAAGCCGCAGGCCGGUGACAGCUAGGCCGUGCACUGCACAGUGUGUGUGUGCUUGUCGCCGUCACCCGCGGCGGGGCCGGCCACUCGCGCGCCGCCCGUACGUACGUCCCCAGUGGAGUCGCGGAAUAUUUACCUUACGUGUCCAGCCUUUAGCCGCGUACCAAUGAAGGCGAAAAAGAUCGGUCACGUCUCCAUUAGUCUGGAACUCUUGAGGUCUUCGUCUUAACCGCAAAUUUUUCAUUUCCCACACACACAAUCACGCAGAUUCUUUACACGAUAAACAAUCAAGCAAGCGUAAGAAUGUUAUUAGAGAUCUCAUGUUAUUAUGUGCUCGACCUGUCUCCUUCAAUUAUACAUACAUACAUACAUACACGGCCAUUGUACAUCAAGGUAGAUGGCAAGUCGUUGGUGUAACUGUUUUUUCUCCCUACAUACUAUUGCUUGGUGAUCAAUUAUCGUUCCAAGAGGAGAUUGUUUAUC